CUCUCUCGAAGAAUGCGCUGCACGUGCAAGCUUGUGAAGAAGAGUCCGAUACAGUCAUGAACGGUGAUGGCAACUUAGAAGCUCCUGUGAAGGGAUGGGUGACAAACUUGGCGGGAACGAUUGAACAGUGGCCGCAAGGCUUGUGACGGCGUGACCGGGCUAAGGGAUGCAAUUGUUCACGAAUGUUCAGGUUCCGAAUCGAAUAAGUCUAUCCCUGUCGCAGAGCGUGAGACAAGGGAUGACAGUCAACCUUCCGACUGCUUCGCGGCAGAUGCGGUGCUGUACAGAGCAGCAAAUGUACAAAAGCGACUCGAUGUCCGUCGGCCCCCUCGGAACUGAUGCAAACCCGUGGCCCACAGAUUACAUUUCCUCCCAUUACACCUUGAUCAAUAUUCUUCCCCCAUCAUGCAGUACUUGAAUCUGGGAGCGAUCCUCUUCCUCGCCAUUACCGGUCACUUUUCCCUCACGGUGACUGCCCAGCGCACCGUUCAAGCCAAUUGGAACGUCCCGCAAACCCCGCGGAGCGGCGGUCAAGAAGCCGUCUACAUCAAUGACUUUGGAAGCGACACAGAUCUUACAGUUUCAACGGUCACCAAUCUCACUGCCGUCAUCCGCGACGAGAGUCAAGCGAUCGUGGAUGUCGCCAUCUACCAAUCGAAGACCUGGUCUUGGGUUUGGUAUAUUCCCGUUCUUUUGCCGAGUGGCAAGUACCAUUUCGAGGUUCAAGCCGAUGCGACCACGAAAGACGGCCCAGGCAAGAUCAGGUUUCAAUCGCCCGACAUCACCGUCACGCAAGCCUUCCCGGCGUGCAAGACCGAUGACUUUCAACCAAAGACACUGAGUAACUUCCGACCCGUCAUCUUCUCGGGUCCAAAGGCCGGAGACUCGUACUCGCCAGGCUCGUCCAUCGGCGUCUACUUCCAGUGGAUCGACGGCAACCACGCAUUCGGCAAGGGCGUCUUCAAACAGAACCUUGAGCUUCUCUUCGAAGACGACAGCGAGCAUAUCCCACUCUCCAUCUCCAACCACGACCGUGACCCGACCUCGUCAUCGGAGAACUUUGCGGUGCCGCAAUCGAUUCCGUACGGACGUUAUCGUCUGCGAACCAACUACACCCUGGCCGAAACCGGCCAGGACGCCGUGAUUUCGAGCUAUUCUGAUCAGUUUGUCAUCUCAAAGGAUGGGUUGUGCCCUCAAGGAUCGUCUACUGCCGCCGGGUCAAAGUCGGCGGCUUUGGGGAGGGUCAGGACCUUGGGAAUGAGGUACCUUGUGGCUGUUUUGUUUGUGGUUGCUUUCAUCGCCUUGGUGUAGAACGCUUUCCGAAAGGGCAUUCUUGCUGGCAAGAGUCGUUUUGCGCAAGAUCAGGGGUGAGAGACUUUUGUGGGAUCGUGUAAUAUCACCGUGUGUAAAUGUGAGCAAAGUAAAGUCGAUUAA